UCCCUCCCUUGAAGCCUCGGUGGGGAGGCUGAGCCCUACAAAACCCGCCCCGGACGGGCUGGCCAGGCGAGCUUCACAGCCCAGCUCCCCAACCAGCGCCGAGCAGGGGACGCGGUGGCCCGAGAGCCUGCGGGUCACAGGACACGCCGGGACUCUGAGCGGACACUCACCAUGCGCCCCAGGACCGCGCCAAGGCUGCUGGCGCUGCUGCGGCCCCUCCUGCUGGUGCUCCUGGUGGCGGCGGCGCCCGGGGUGGGCAAGGGCUGUGUCUGCAGAGACAAAGGCCAGUGCUUCUGUGAUGGGGCCAAAGGAGAGAAGGGGGAGAAAGGCUUUCCAGGACCCCCUGGUGCUCCUGGCCAGAAGGGAUUCCCAGGUCCGGAAGGCCUGCCUGGACCACAGGGACCCAAGGGCUCUCCAGGACCUCCAGGACUCCCUGGUCCCAAAGGCAUAAGGGGAAUAACUGGAUUACCAGGAUUUUCAGGUCCUCCCGGACUUCCAGGCAUCCCAGGCCAUCCUGGACCUUACGGACUUGCUGGUUUGCCAGGAUGCAAUGGCUCUAAGGGUGAGCAAGGGUUUCCAGGACUUCCAGGAACACCAGGCCACCCAGGGAUCCCGGGUGCCAUGGGUUUGAAAGGAGAAAAGGGCACUCCUGCUGCAGGAGAAGGCGUCGACCUUGAUGGAAAAGGUGACCCCGGGGUACCAGGAGCUCCGGGAUUCCAGGGUUUGCCAGGCCUCCCAGGUUUCCCUGGACCCGUUGGUCCACCUGGUCCCCCAGGAUUCUUUGGCUUCCCAGGAGCCACGGGACCCCCAGGACCUAAGGGUCACAUGGGUGAUAACGUGAUAGGACAGAAAGGAGAACGGGGUGUAAAAGGAUUAACGGGACCGCCCGGACCACCAGGGACAGUGAUUGUGACACUCACCGGUCCAGAUAACAGAACGGAGCUCAAGGGGGAGAAGGGAGAGCGUGGAGCUAUGGGCCCGUCAGGACCCCCUGGACCCUCGGGGCCACCUGGAGAAUCAUAUGGAUCUGAAAAAGGUGUUCCUGGAGAACCAGGUCCGCAGGGAAAGCCUGGAAAAGAUGGUGCCCCUGGUUUCCCUGGCACCGAGGGAGCCAAAGGCAGCAGGGGCUUCCCUGGGUUAACAGGUGAAGAUGGCAUUAAGGGACAGAAAGGAGACAUUGGCCCUCCAGGAUUUCGUGGUCCAACAGAAUAUUAUGAUGCAUACCAGGAAAAGGGAGAUGAAGGAAUUCCAGGCCCACCUGGGCCCAAAGGAGCCCGUGGUCCACAGGGUCCCAGCGGUCCCCCUGGAGUUCCUGGAAGCCCUGGAUCAUCCAGGCCUGGCCUCCAAGGAGCCCCUGGAGCACCAGGCAUCAAAGGAAGAAAAGGGGAGCAAGGACCCCCAGGGAAGAACGCAGUCGGGCCUCCGGGAUCCCCCGGCUGUCCUGGUUCCCCAGGCCAUAUAGGGUUGCCGGGACCUCCAGGACCACCAGGUGGCAUUGUCUUUCGCAAAGGUCCACCUGGAAUUGGUGGACUUUCAGGCCGUCCAGGGUCUCCAGGAAUCCCAGGAGUCGAUGGGCCCAAAGGGGAACCCGGCCUCCUGUGUACACAGUGUCCUUGUGUCCCGGGGCCACCAGGCCUCCCAGGAUUACCCGGGCUGGAUGGCGUGAAAGGAAUCCCAGGAGGACGAGGGGCAGCUGGCAUUAAAGGAAGCCCAGGGUCCCCAGGAAGUGCGGGUCUUCCAGGAUUUCCAGGAUUCCCAGGUGCUCAGGGUCACCCAGGACUUAAAGGAGAAAAAGGUGAAACCUCCCAGCCAGAGGGAGAAGUGGGUGCCCCGGGAGAUCCAGGGCUCCGGGGACAGCCUGGGAGAAAGGGCUUGGAUGGAAUUCCUGGAACUCCAGGAGUAAAAGGAUUUCCAGGACCUAAAGGAGAACUGGCCCUGAGUGGUGAGAAGGGGGACCAGGGUCUUCCAGGGGAUUCUGGCAUCCCUGGGUCCCCAGGACCCACAGGACCUCCUGGACCAUCGGACUAUGGACCACAGGGAGAGCCUGGUCCAAAGGGCACCCAAGGACUUCCUGGAGCCCCUGGACCACCUGGAGAAGCCGGUCCCAAAGGAGAAUUCGGUGUUUCCACUCCAGUCCCAGGGCCCUCAGGACCUCCUGGGCCCCCAGGCCGUGCUGGCCCCCAAGGUCCACCUGGUACCCCUGGAUCCAUGGGAAGAUGUGAUCCAGGUCUUCCUGGGCCUAAUGGUGAACCAGGAAUUCCAGGAAUUGGAUUCCCUGGACUUCCUGGACCUAAGGGAGACCGAGGUUUUCCAGGAACAAAAGGAUCACCGGGCUGUCCUGGAGAAAUGGGAAAGCCAGGGUUACCUGGAAAUCCAGGCCUUCCAGGAGUCAAGGGAGAACCAGCACUCUCCACGCCUGGAGAACCAGGAACACCAGGUCGGCCAGGAGAAAGAGGCAAUUCUGGAGAAGGUGGAGAAAUGGGACUCCCUGGACUUCCUGGUCUCCCUGGAAUGCCAGGAACUGGAGGGUUUGAUGGACCACGAGGGGAUCCAGGACAGCCUGGACCACCUGGAGAAAGAGGACCCCCAGGAAGGUGCACCGAAGGUCCCAGGGGAGCCCAAGGACUUCCAGGCUUAAAUGGAUUGAAAGGGCAACAAGGCAGAAGAGGUGAAACGGGGCCAAAGGGAGACCCAGGUAUUCCAGGCUUGGAUAGGUCAGGAUUUCCUGGAGAACCUGGACCCCCAGGAAUGCCAGGUCAUCACGGUGAGAUGGGACCACCUGGGCCAAAAGGAUAUCCAGGAAAUCCAGGAUUUUUAGGGCAACCAGGCGAAAAAGGAAUGAUGGGGAUGAUGGGGGCUCCUGGAAUCACUGGUCCUCCGGGUCCUCCUGGGAACCCAGGUACCUUGGGACAGAGAGGGAGCUUUGGCAUUCCAGGGGUAAAGGGUGAGAGAGGCCCUGCCGGAGCCAAAGGGGAACAAGGAGAUAAAGGAAUUCCUGGGCCUUCUGGAAUAUUCCACUUAGUGGGGGACAAAGGAGAACCAGGACUCAAAGGAUUUGCAGGAAAGCCUGGAGAGAAAGGCAACAGAGGCAUUCCAGGGUUGCCAGGCUUAAAAGGACUCCAAGGGCUACCUGGACCACCAGGACCACCAGGCCUCAGAGGAGAUGCAGGAAGCGUUGGCUAUCCUGGUGAGCCAGGGUUACAUGGUGUGCCAGGAAGCAUGGGGAACAUGGGAGUGCCAGGUUCUAAAGGAACGAAGGGAACUGUGGGGUUCCCAGGUCUAGAUGGAAGACCAGGCCUUCCAGGUAUUCAAGGGCUCCAAGGAGAUAAGGGAGAGCCAGGUUAUUCAGAAGGUUCAAGGCCAGGACCACCGGGAUCAAAGGGAGAUCCAGGAUUGCCAGGUGACAUGGGAGAGAGAGGCGAAAGAGGGCCACCUGGUGCACCUGGACGUUCGGGGCCUGCUGGACCUGAGGGAGUUCCUGGGAGUCCCGGAAGUCCUGGCCAUCCAGGACAGCCUGGUCCUGCUGGUGAUUUGGGAUCUCAAGGAAUCAAAGGCUUCCCUGGCUCUCCAGGAAUAAAAGGCCCUCCAGGCCCUCCAGGAGUCCCAGGAAAUCCUGGACCAGUGGGUGAGAGAGGAAAUCAAGGACGUGAUGGAAUUCCUGGUCCAGCAGGAGAAAAAGGAGAAACGGGUUUGCUUGGGGCACUUCCAGGUCCAAGAGGCAAACCUGGUGAUCAAGGAGCCAAAGGAGACAGGGGAGCCCCAGGCUUGCCUGGCCUCCCUGGCAGGAAAGGGACAGUGGGAGAUGCUGGCCCUCGAGGGCCCAUUGGCAUGACAGGACCUCAAGGGCCACCAGGCUUUCCUGGUGCAAUCAUCCCCGGCCGAAAAGGAGAUCCAGGUCCACCUGGCCCCAGAGGAAACCCAGGUGAGCCUGGUCCCCCCGGCCCUCCAGGGAGUCCCGUAGAAGGUAUAAAAGGAGACAAGGGAUUUAUGGGCAAACCUGGCCCAAGAGGUCCACCUGGAACUGUAGGAGACACGGGGCCCCCAGGUCAUCCGGGAGCACCAGGUACCCCAGGUCUGCCAGGGGUCAGAGGUGAUCCUGGAUUCCAUGGAUUUCCAGGCAUAAAAGGGGAGAAAGGUAACUCAGGAUUUCUGGGGCCAAUUGGACCUCCAGGGCGAAUUGGGCCAAAAGGACCACCUGGUGCACGUGGAGACCCGGGCACAAUUAAGAUCAUCUCCCUUCCAGGAAGCCCAGGGCCACCUGGCCCACCUGGAGAACCAGGGAUGCAAGGAGACCCUGGGCCCCCGGGGCCACAGGGAGUCCCAGAAUCCUGUGGGCCAAGAGGAAAACCAGGCCGGGAUGGAAUACCAGGGACUCCUGGACCAAUUGGAGAAAAGGGCAACAAAGGUUGUAAAGGAGAGCAAGGACCGCCUGGGUAUGAUGGACUGCCAGGCUUGAAGGGGAGACCUGGAGAGACUGGGCCACCUGCAAGGGGGACAACGAUGAGGGGCUUUGUCUUCACCCGGCACAGCCAGACCACAGCAAUUCCCUCCUGUCCAGAAGGGACAGAGCCACUCUAUAGCGGGUUUUCUCUUCUCUUUGUACAAGGAAAUGAACGAUCCCAUGGACAGGACCUGGGAACUCUUGGCAGCUGCCUACAGCGAUUUACCACAAUGCCAUUCUUGUUCUGCAAUAUCAAUGAUGUAUGCAAUUUCGCAUCUCGAAACGAUUAUUCCUACUGGCUGUCAACACCAGCUCUGAUGCCAAUGGACAUGGCUCCGAUUACUGGCAGGGCCCUGGAGCCUUAUAUUAGCAGGUGCACCGUCUGUGAGGCUCCUGCGAUUGCCAUAGCCAUUCACAGCCAAACCACUGAGAUCCCCUCAUGUCCCCAGGGCUGGAUUUCUCUCUGGAAAGGAUUUUCUUUCAUCAUGUUCACAAGUGCAGGUUCAGAGGGCGCUGGACAAGCACUGGCCUCCCCAGGCUCUUGCUUGGAAAAAUUCCGGGCCAGUCCCUUUAUAGAAUGUCAUGGAAGAGGAACGUGCAACUACUAUUCAAAUUCCUACAGUUUCUGGUUGGCUUCAUUAGACCCCGAAAGAAUGUUCAGGAAACCUAUUCCGUCAACCGUGAAGGCUGGGGAGUUAGAAAAGAUAAUAAGUCGCUGUCAGGUGUGCAUGAAGAGGAGACACUGAAGAAAUAAGAAUGAAAUGGAACUGCUAUUUUUCAUCCUAAAUAACCAAGUAAUGAUGCAGAACAUGCAUUUAAGUAUUUUUCUCCCACUGAACAAUAUUGCGCUACGAUGACUGAGUACCAAGUUUCUCUUUGUCUCCCCCCAAGGAAGCAUUCUUUUCAGUUAGUUCUGUGAUGCUGGUCUCUAAACCCACGCAGUGUCACAGUUCUCUAACCCAAGGAAGUGGGACUUUUCACAGAAUAUCAUCAAAAUCGUAUUCCACUUGCAUCCAAGGCACUGAGGUAAACGGCGACGGUAUGAAGUUUGAUGUUGCAAGUUAAGAGCUAUUUGGUCCACUGGAUUCCCGAGAUUCAGCCCCCUUCUAUUCUGGUCUUUGAGACUCAAGGAGGUUAAAUCUGUUUUAGGUGGCCAGACCACCCCCUUCCUAAAACUUUAAACCAUGGGUGGGAAGAGGGUGGAGUCGGGCGGAAUACUAGCAUGUCAUGAAUCAACUGGACUUUCAGACCUGGUGAGUAACCUAAGCCCAGAGGGAACUAGAACUGAACUGAGGUUCCUGGAUUUUCUAGUGUGUUUUCAAACACACCCAAGAUUAAGGCCUAAAGGUGGUUGCUCUGAAUGAAAUUACAAGAGCCUUGGAUAUA